AUGGAAUUAUCACUGAACAAAAAUUUGGUUGUGGAGAUAGGAAACGGAAGUAGAACGAGUUUCUGGCUAGAUACUUGGAUCGGAAGUCAGCCUCUAAAUAUGAGAUUUCCGGCCUUGUAUGCUUUGGCAAAAGAAAAAAGAAUAACGGUUAAGAAUUGUGUAAAACAAGCAGGAGAUGGAGAAAAGUGGGACUGGGAAUGGAGACGCAAUACAAAAAGCUUACAAGAGGCACAACAAUUUGAAGAAUUAAAGAAGAUUCUGGAGAUACAUGAGUUAGUAGCAAAAGAAGACGUAUGGAGGUGGAAAACGCAGCAAGGUGAACUUCUCUCAGUAGCUUUGAUAAGAGAUGAAAUCGCUAAAAAGACUUUGGAGCCUACAGAUGUUCCGUGGAAAUAUUGGAACAAGUGGGUACCGCCAAAGGUAAACCUUUUCACUUGGAGAGCUUUCAAAAGGCGUAUCGCGACAAAGGUAGAAUUGGCUAAAAGGGGAAUACAUAUGGAUGACCGGCUCUGUUCAAGGUGCAACAAGGAAGAUGAGUCGGUGAAUCACUUGCUAAUAUCAUGUCUGAAAUCCCGAGCAAUAUGGUGGAAUAUAAUGGUGUGGUUAAAACUUCCGAUUCAAGAGAAUAGUGAGUCUUGUGAAGAUGUAUUUGAAAAAAUAGAGGGGUAUAACGGAUCCAAAGAAUGGAAGAAUGUCAUAAAGGCAAUUGUUAUGACUACCUUGUGGCAGAUUUGGAAGGCUAGAAACGAUGUGGAAUUCAAUGAAAAGGAGAGAUCGGUGGCAAACAUAAUAGAUGGAAUAAAGGAACUUUCGUUCCUAUGGAUAAAAGAAAGAGCAAAAAUGAAGAAUCUAGUAUGGGAGAGAUGGAAAGAAUUCAAUAUUAGAGAUAUCAUAAAAUGA